AUGCUGACCCAAAACAAGCCUUACCACAAAAAGUCUACCGCGACCACUUCCGUGAUCACGACCACUUCCCAGACUGUUACUCAAUUGGCUGUUUCUGCUAUUAUUACCACAAGUGCUAUCGCCGCUGCUAAAGCUACCUUUUCCAGUGCUCCAGAGCCAAACACUAACCAUACCGCUGAUCCAGUCAUCGAAGCCUGGUAUAACGAGAAUAACACUUUCCAGUACUUAUUCACCAUGCCUGUCCUCAGCACUUUCUUCAGUGUUCUCUGUUCGUUUUCCAACCACUGGUUAGCUAAUAUUUACACCAUUAGCUCAGUUUUAUACUCAACUUUGGACGAAGUCAUCGAUUUCCACCAAAUUCCUUACUUUUAA